AGAAGUAAAAGAAGAAGAAGAAUUGUUAUCUCCGGUAAUGUCUUACAUUCUAUUUUCUAUUUUCAUUGCAACAUAUUCCUAGUAAAUAAAUAUUUUAAACAAUUUCGGACGACAUGGCUGUAGAUGACCCAUACGAAUCAGUGGCUGCCGUAGCAAAAGGGAAACUGAAGUUAAAAGUCGAUUCGGGUAUCACAAAAAAGAAAAAAAAAAAAGAUAAAAAGCUGAAGGACCAAGCCAUUAAAACCAUGGAAAAUAAUGAGACGGAAGAAAUGCCACAACAGAAGAUCACAAAAACGAAAGCCGAGCUUGCAUUUUUACAACAGCAGGAGAAAAUGAAAAUGAAGAGGAUUUUGGAAAAAGCAACAAUGACACAUAAAGAGCGAGUUGAGAAAUUUAAUCAGCAUUUAGACAGUUUGACAGAACAUUUUGAUAUUCCAAAGGUGUCCUGGACGAAAUAAGUUUAAUGGUUGCAUGCUUGAAAAAUUAAUUUAUUGUGUAAAAAUAAAAUUCAGUUAGUACUUA